AUGUUGAAACAGUACACUAUUAUAGAAUAUACUGUCUAUUCAUUUUGCUCGAGAAUGCCACAUGGUACUGAAAGCACUACUAGCGAGUGCAUGAGAUCGGUACUGUCAUGGGCGGAGAAAUGUGAAGAGCUUUGUUUACGUUUGAAAAACCGGAUCUCGAUUAGUGGAGACUUAAUAUUUACGCAAGAUUUGCAAAUUCAGUUGGCGAAUUGGAACACUUCAUUCAAAAAUGUAGCUUUGAUAUUUGAUAGAAUAUGCAGUGUUACAAGUAUUCAGUUGAGCACUACUAUAGAAGCCGAGAGCUUGGAAGAAAAUUGCAUUCAAGAGGCUCUUUUAUGUUCUGUGAAAAAAGUGCAUGGCGCUUUAAAUGGAGCUGAAGCUACAACAAUUAUAAGCGAAUAUAUGAGAGCUGUGCAAAAUGUUAUUAUUGAUUUGAUCGACAAGUUUGAUAAUCAGAAACUGCUGAGCGAUCCGGCAGAUAAGUCUUUUCUAUCUCCCCUUCUGGAACGAGCCAGUGCUCGGAGACAGGAUGCUCUGGAAGCGGAAAAACUUCGUUGGAAUUUGGAAAAAAAGGAAAAUGAAAUAAUGGAAUUGAAAGUGAAUCUUCGAGCCAAGCUUGAUGAUAUUUGCAAUUAUAAGGUACGUUUAGAAAUGGCGGAAAAUAAAAUGGUAUCAAUGGAAAAAAUUGAUGAAACUGAAAUGCGAAAAUUAUAUUCGCAAAAUGACGAUUUACGCGACCAACUGAGGAAAGUAAAAAUAGAAUACGAAAAUACAUUGGAAACUUUACAAAAUGAAAUUGAUGUUUGUGAGAAAGAAAACUGCGAAUUACGAAGCCGUGCCAAAACUAUCAGUAAAAAAGCGUUAUUGGGUCAGCUACAAACUAUGAACUUGACCAUGAAUCAUUCCAAAAUUCAAGCGACAGUUACACCGAUCGAUUCCAAUCCGCCCACUCCUCAACAGUUUAACGAAGUGGCUUAUCUGGAAGAUGAAUUGAAAGAAACAAAAUUAGCAUGGAAAUGGGCUUGUCAAUAUAUUCGACAGUUAAAGGCAAAUGAAAGCAUGCAGAUAUUGAAUGUAUUGGAUCCAAUAACGAUCCCAUCAGAUAUAAGUGGUCCGUUAACGCUGCUAUCAGUGCAGGUUUCGAAAAAAGACGAAUUGGAUGAAUUGUGCAGAAGAGCAGAAAAUAUUUUAGCGGAUUCAAGAUUCUAUCAAAUUCCAUAUGUUACUGAUAUAUCACAGCCAAAAUCAAAGCAGAAUCUGGAGAAAAGAAAACAUCUUGGAAAUAUUGCCCAUAUAAAUCAACGGAUUAUUGAUCUAAGAAUUGACAUACAUCGAUUCUGUAACAAAUAUUAUCAGAGCGGAGAAUGGCCUUUACUUUUUGAAAACAUUAAAAGUGUUACGUCAUAUAAUCGAAAGAAGGAAGAAAGAACGAUUGAAAUUCAGCGGCUUAAAGGCGUGCAUUCUGUAACUUACAAAAAUGCGUUUGAAUCACUUUUUGGUAAUUUAACAAUGGAACAAAAGAGAACCGAAUCAACAGAAAUUAUUGUAUCUGCUUAA